AUGACACUGGUUUCUAAUAUUUCAAGUUUACGCACUGUGGACAUUUCCACUGUUUUUGGUGUUAAGCAAAUUGACAACAAUAGAUAUAGAGGGGUUAAUCCAUUACAAAAACAAGGCAGACAAUUCCGUGGAGUAUAUGGAGGUAAUUUAGUUGCACAAUCGGUGAUUGUUGCUAUUAGAUCAGUUCCAGAAGGUUUCCAACCUAAUUCCGUUCACGCUUAUUUUGUAAGAGCAGUUAGUGAUGAAACUCCAAUUGAAUGGGAAGUUGAUGAAACAAGCACAGGAAGAACAUUUGCUAAUAGAAUGAUUCGUGGAUUACAAAAUAAAAAAGUGGUUUUCACCUCAAAUAUUUCUUUAACAAGGAAAAAUUCCAAUGCUGAAGUGAUUAAAAAAACUGGUAAACCAUCAUUACAAUUCCAAAGAAAAGUUGAACCUUAUUAUCAAAAACUUAGUCGUGAUGUAUCUGAAUGUAAAACUAUUAUCAUGAAUCCACAUACACAUAUUGCUGUGAGAUCAUUUCCAGAAAUAUGUUCAAGAGAUGUUUUUUCCUUUUUGAUUCGAUAUGGUGACGAAAAUGAAAGGAUUGUGGGCAUGACAAGGGAUUAUCAAUACGCUGCAUUAGCAGCAGUAACUGAUUGGUUCAGACUACGUUAUUAUUUUGAGAAUAUGGGAGUUGAAGUAGAAAGUUCAUUUGAUGUGUCAUUAGAUCAUAGUAUUUAUUUCCAUGAUAGCGGAUUUGAUGCUACAAAGUAUUUGAUUUACUCACUUAAAGUGACUAGAUUAAGUCAUGAUAGAGUAUUAUUCUAUGGUCAAGUUUAUACCCAGAAUGGUGUACAUGUUGCGAGUGUGUCACAAGAGCGUUUAUUUGUCAUUAAGAAUAAACCAAAGUUUUAA